AAAUGUUCGUCCUACCCGCACUAUCAAUCUGACGAGACUUAAAGCCUUCGUUAUUCAUGAUAAGGGUUUCGUUGUGUGGACGUGUUAAUCAUCCUGUAUAUUUGAUGCCCAGUUACACCCCAUUUUCUUGCUUCAUUGAUCAGCUAUCAUACCUAUAUCAAGGGAAAAAAGACAGUAGACUAUUUUAGGACCUAUAACGUUCAUCACACUGAUUAUUCGCCCCUCUCUUGUGAAUAAAAGUUCCGAAGGUUAUGUUUCUUAAAUUGUUCGUGAACAUUUGAGAAUUCUUAAAAGACUGAGAUCUAAAUUUAACAAUGGAGAAGUUAAGAAGUAUUAAGAAGCAAGGUUAAAAUCUGAGCUGCAAGAAAAAGAAGAACAAUGUCAUCGUGUAGUUCCCCUGUGGAAACCAAAGAUUCAGAUAAAAAUGUUAUUGUGGAUAAAUCUGAUUCUGAAGAAGAAACAGAGAGGAAAAAUGACGAUGAGAACAGCGAUGGGACAGAAGACACAAAUUGUUUUCAACCAACAUUUCCAAUCGUGCAGAGACCUAUUGCAGCAACCCCAAAACGUUCCUUUCUCAUAACAGACAUUCUCUCCGAAGACAAGUCGUCUACCAAACCUUGUUCAGCCUUCAGGCCAUUAAGGGUACCGCCAGCGCUAGUGAGCAAUUGUAACAAUAGCUUUAGUCCCGUUAGUGCUUCUCAACAUUGUCUGAACUUUUCCUCAUUGAAAAGACAUUCAGAGAAUUCAAAGAAAAGUGAAAGUAAGACAUACGAUGAUGAUGAAGAUAUUGAUGAAGAAGACGAUGAAGAUGACGAUGACGGAAAUAGCGAAACAAAUCGUGAAUCUAAUUCAUCAUUGGACGAUUCUCCAGGUGGAAUCUUGAAACAGAAGAAACCAAGAAAAGCGAGAACAGCCUUCACUGACCAUCAGCUGAAUAGUCUGGAAAAAAGCUUUGAGAGACAGAAGUACCUAAGUGUCCAGGACAGAAUGGAACUUGCCUCCAAACUGAAUUUGACCGACACUCAAGUAAAAACCUGGUACCAAAACAGAAGAACAAAAUGGAAGCGACAAACGGCUGUAGGUUUAGAACUCCUGGCUGAAGCUGGGAAUUUUGCUGCUGUUCAGCGCCUCAUCCACACAAAUCCAUACUGGUUCAGUUGUCAUCCACAGGCAUCAUCCAUCAUAUCCAACAUAGACGCCAUGUACUACCGCCAUAAUGAAACGUCACUUACCCAAAGACCAACGCUACCGCGCAUGCUCUUACACGGUAUUCAACAACAUAUCAACCACAUGUCACCCAGUAACUCACUGUUUUCAGAAAACAGAAAUUAGAAGCGAUGUGUUUAUAUGAAUGAUUCUGACUAUAAGUAGUUAACAUUUCUUACUUUAAGUUGUUCUCAUGGGUUCGGCUUUACAGUUUCGCUGGCAUCACAUUGUUUUUUCCCCGUGGUGAGGCAACUUGUAGCAUUUAAGACUACAUUUUAUCAGAUAUAUUUAUGUUAUUUGAUGAUGUAAAAUAUCUUUGUGAAUUGUAAAUUGAAUUAUAUGCUUUAAUGUAAAAAUUAAAUAUUGAAAAUGUC